AUUUGGAGAAUAGGAAACUUCUUAUCCCUAAAUGAGAAAAUAAGAUAACUAGGGAUGUCAGAACCAAAUGAAAUUUCAAAGUAUUGUCAUCAUGGUCAUGUAUGCAGAAUGUGAAAUCUUUGAUGUUUAAAGUUUAAACCAUGUUUCCAUGGUUAACUGGACGUUUCUAUAGACACACAGUAAUGUUACUGACAUUACUUAUAUUGUAUUUAUGUGAGACAUCAGGAGAAAGUACAUUGGUGUAUGUAGACACUGGUUGUAAUAAGUCUCAGGUGCAGAAAGUCCAGGUUGAUUACUCAAGUACAGUCAUUGAUCAUGAAUACAUUGUCUCAUUUAAUGGAUACUACAAACCCCAAGCCAGGAAGCGAUUUCUAACCUCGGCUCUUCAUGACUCAGGAGUCUUGUCUUGGAAAAUCAUUCCCAGAGAGAAUCUGGCUUUUGAGUAUCCAAGUGACUUUGAUGUUGUAAAGCUGAAUGAUGGCAGACUUGAGGGCAUUGAAGCAUUGGAGAGUCACCCAAUCAUCAAAAGAAUAACCCCUCAUAAGAAGUUAUCUAGGUCACUUAAGUUUGUCAAAGAUGUGGAGCAGCAGGAAGUCGUAGACAAGGAGUGUAACGAGACGACCUCAAAUAUGUGUCCUCAAACCUUUCAUUCCUCAAGAUCACACAACCGCAAAAGUCUCUCCCUGGGUGCAACAUAUUGGCAUUCACCUGCAAGGUUUAAAGGAAGGCGACUUCUGAGGGCUGUACCUAAACAGAUUGUGAGUGCUUUACAAGCCGAGAUUCUCUGGAAUAUGGGAUUCACAGGGACUGGUGUGAAAGUAGCCAUUUUUGACACUGGUCUCUCAGAGGACCAUCCACACUUCAAAAAGGGCAGGAUCAAGGACAGGACUAACUGGACCAAUGAAAAGACACUGGACGAUGGUCUAGGUCAUGGUACAUUUGUGGCUGGAGUCAUUGCCAGUUAUAAGGACUGUCUGGGAUUUGCUCCUGAUGCUGACAUUCAUGUCUACAGAGUGUUCACAAACAAUCAGGUGUCGUACACUUCAUGGUUCUUGGAUGCCUUUAAUUAUGCUAUCCUGAAGAAAAUCAAUGUACUCAAUCUCAGCAUUGGCGGACCAGAUUUUAUGGAUCACCCCUUUGUUGACAAGGUUUGGGAACUGACAGCCAACAAAGUGAUCAUGAUCUCUGCUAUUGGAAAUGAUGGGCCUCUGUAUGGCACUCUUAACAACCCAGCUGACCAGAUGGAUGUCAUAGGAGUGGGAGGGAUCAACUUUGAUAACCAGAUAGCCAGGUUCUCCUCCAGAGGAAUGACCACAUGGGAACUUCCUCAUGGUUAUGGAAGAUUAAAACCAGACAUUGUCACAUAUGGAUCAGCUGUUCGUGGAUCAGCCCUCAAGGGUGGAUGUAGGUCUCUGUCUGGAACCAGUGUUGCCUCCCCUGUGGUUGCUGGAGCUGUUACCCUACUGUACAGUGCUGUGUUAGACAGAGCCAAUAUUAUUAACCCUGCCAGUAUGAAGCAGGCUCUGAUGGCUUCAGCCAGGAGGUUACCAGAGGUCAACAUGUUUGAGCAGGGUCAUGGCAAGCUGGACCUUAUCAGAGCUUAUCAAACCCUCAGGACCUAUAAACCACAAGCCAGUUUGAGUCCCAGUUAUAUUGAUCUCACAGAAUGCCCAUACAUGUGGCCUUACUGUUCUCAGCCCAUCUUCUACGGUGCCAUGCCUGUAGUAGUCAAUGUAACGAUUUUAAAUGGAAUGGGAGUAUCAGGAAAAUUACUUGACAAACCUCGUUGGGAACCCUACAUUCCACAUCAUGGAAACUACAUAGAUGUGGCAUUCUCCUACUCUAAAACUCUGUGGCCAUGGUCAGGGUACUUGGCUGUCUUCAUUUCUGUUGCCAAAUCAGGAGCAAAUUAUGAGGGCAUAGCUCAGGGACAGGUCACUCUAACUGUGGAAUCACCCCCAGAGGGUGAAGAAACAACACCAAGGCAGACAACUCUUAAGCUACCAAUUAAAGUCCACAUUAUUUCAACUCCACCUCGAAGCAAGAGAAUAUUGUGGGAUCAGUACCACAAUCUAAGAUAUCCACCUGGCUACUUCCCACGAGAUAACCUGAGGAUGAAAAAUGAUCCAUUAGACUGGAAUGGAGACCAUAUCCACACAAAUUUUAAAGACAUGUACCAUCAUAUUAGAACAUCAGGGUAUUUUGUUGAAGUCUUGGGUGCCCCUUUGACCUGCUUUGAUGCCAGUCAGUAUGGGAACCUACUGAUUGUGGAUGCUGAGGAGGAGUAUUUCCCAGAGGAAGUGACAAAGCUUAAGAGAGACAUAGAUAAUGGUUUGUCAGUUGUCAUCUUUGCCGACUGGUACAAUGUGACGGUCAUGAAGAAAGUGAAGUUCUAUGAUGAAAAUACAAGACAAUGGUGGAUGCCAGACACUGGAGGAGUCAACAUCCCUGCCACAAACGAUCUUUUAGCACCUCUGGGUAUGGCAUUCAGUGACAGAGUGUAUGAGGGAGAUUUUACCCUGGGUGACCAUGAAAUGUAUUAUGCAUCUGGAGCCAGUCUUGCUAAAUUUCCAGAUGAUGGCAUCAUAGUUACCCAGACACUAAAAGACCAAGGUCAUGAGGUUUUAAAGGGGUCAUCUGUCAUGAAAGAGAAUGUUCCUAUUUUGGGUCUUUAUCAGACAAUAGCUCAACCGAAUGGUGGGAGAGUGGCUCUGUAUGGAGAUUCCAACUGUCUUGAUAACAGCCACAUGCAAAAAGAUUGUUUCUGGAUGCUGAGUGCUAUCCUAGAAUACACAGCUUACAAUAACUUAGUACAGGUGUUCUCAAAUCAGGACAAGGUCGUCCUUCCUCCAAUGGACCUACCAAACAGAAUGGAAGGAAACCAUUUACAUCGAUACUCAAAAGUGCUUGAAGGUCAUCUUGGUACAUCAAGGUCCAGAAUUUUACCAACAUGUCCAAGAGUCAUCUAUGCAGCAAGCCACCCAAUAAAUAAGUCUGCUCCAUCGAAUCUUUUCCAGCAGCAGAAGUUGCUCUCCAUUGGACUAGACGAGUCAGUGCCACUGGGAAGGCGGCAUGUGGUGGAGGAUUUAAUAGAAUCAGUGGAAGCCAAGGAGAAUUUUGGCAAUGGCGCGGCACCUCACAUUCAGGGAGGAGGGGCCAUGCAAGAUAUUGACUCCAAUAGUGUGUUCCCAGUGCUGGCCUUUAUAGGCACUGGUCUCGUACUGUUGUUUCUGUUAAAUCAGUACUACAGGGGGCGCUCUAAGCCUCGGAGGAAAAAGCCAAGAUUAAAAAAGUUUCACACAAUGUUAUAUGGUACAAAGGGACCAAGUGUUUAAUAGAAGUGACUCCUAGUUGCCAAAGAUAUUCAGAGGAACUCAUUGAUCAUAUCAGAUGUAUAUUAUUCCUUCCUUUAAAAUCCUUAAAAAAAAUAAAGGAAGUAAAUAAGUAGAAGUAGCUCUAAUUUUGUUCACAAUUGAAAGAAGUGUUCUUUUGAUUGGUACAUUAUACAUGUAUAGCACUAAAGCCUAAAAAAAAAGAUGGGCUGUUAAUUACAAAUGUUAAAGAGGCAUUUGCUGUAAAAGUGAUGGCAACCAAUUUUCUUGCAAAAUUUGUCAAUUGCUAAGGCAUGUAUAUUAAUGAACAAUGAAAAAACAUUUUGUUCAUACAAAAACAACAGAAACCUAGUAAUACUACAUUAAAUAACCAUUUUUAGUGUAAAUAAAUACAUGAGGAACAAAUUUUGGCAUGCAAGCCAAUUAUUGUUUAAACAAAGAUACAUAUACAGGGUUGUCCCUAAGCCCCGGGGAAUUUCCUUGCCUAUAAUGACGGAAUCCCCCGCAUUCUCUGGUAUUCUCCCUCAUCACCCUGUUAAUGGAGAAACCCUAGACCCCUUUCUACAUUUUAAAUGUCCCACGCUAUUUUAAUUCUUAGGGACAACUCUGCAUAUAUAUAUUCUUUGAAAGUAAAAAAAGUGUUUGAAAUCAUUAAAUGCUGUUUUCAUUAAAGAAAUACAUGUACAUGAACAUAAAAUAAAGCAAUUUUCAAUGAAGUGAAUAUUUCUGAGAAAAAAACCCAGCUAAUGCCUCUUUAAUUGAUUUUAAUAUAAACCUACGUGUAGUUAUUUUCUUCACUGUUACAAUAGAUUACACACAAUAAUGUUUUUUUAAAUGUCAAUUUGAUGAUGAACUGUUUUGAUCUUGUGUCAAAUAUGUAACUCCAUUAUUAUAUCUUAGUGUGUAUGUGUGUACUUUAUGGUAUUUUGUCAUUCCAUUUUAGACUGUGUGUGUGUGAAAAUCAUAGUGAGAGAGUCAUUCAGGAAUGUUUGUUUCAUUGAUUAAUUGUUGAAUUAUGGUAUUAAUGGAUAAACUAGUCAAAAAUUUUAUAUCUGCAUACAAUGUAUAUCAUUUUCAAUUAUUUAGUAUUCUUAAAAAUAGUGCAUUUUUAUACCAGCUUAAUUUUUUCUUUUUUUAAUCUUUGUGUUGGAGAAUAGCUGGAUUGUGAUUUGCCAUCAGACAUUUUCAUACACUUUCAGUCUUUCAUAUUUCCAUGUAUCUGCUAUUGAGUUUUGUACUGAGUUCAGUUAUAUUAUGCACUGGACUUUAAUUCUAAAAGGAAUGAAUUUUUUUUUUGUGGCAUUAUCGCACAAAGACUUGAACUGAGUAAGAUAGGGAUAUAAUAGGAUGAUAUUUAGUUUGUUUGAUGUAAUUUUUUUUUUACACUAGAAUUUUGAAGUAGAUGAUUGAAACCAGUUUGUAUUGUGUAUGUGUGUCUGUGUGUGUGGGUGAUAAUUAUGCAUCAGUAGGUUUUAAUUUAUUAGGUAUGUUUUAAGUGUGUUUGUCUAAUUUUGAAUAUCUUAGAUUGCAGUACAAUGGCAUAAUAAAAUCAGUGCUGAUUCUUUA